UCACCUUCCCGUGGACGCGCUACCCGGAUCCGGAGUCGACUCUCAUCCCCUCCCCCUCACGCUUACGACCUCACACGCUAUCAUGUCUGCCGAAAACGAGAAGAGCUCCGUUAAGCAGCAGUCCAUCUCGGACUACUCCAAGGAGGUCAAGCAUAUCGACAACACCGCCCCCGAUGUCAAGCUCUUGAACCCCCUCAUCGGUAUCCCUCAUGACCAGCUCAUGGAGGAUGGCUCCGCGUUCGCGAAGUCACAUGGGCUCGCAGACCUCGAGGAGGAGUUCCGCAAGGGUGCCCUGGUUGCGCAAGACCCUACCGCGUUCGAGUCCCUCACUCAACUGAGCGACGAGGACAAGCAUGUCCUCCGGAGAGAGCUCACCCACCGCUGGGCCCAGCCCGCGCAGCUCUACUACCUCGUUAUCCUCUGCUCUCUCGCCGCCGCCGUGCAGGGUAUGGACGAGUCCGUUAUCAACGGUGCCAACCUGUUCUUCCCCGACCAGCUGGGCAUCCCGCAGACGGGUCCCAACGCGAGCAACAACCAGUGGCUGCUCGGGCUUGUGAACGGCGCCCCUUACCUCUGCUGUGGUCUUAUCGGCUGCUGGAUUUCCGCGCCUAUGAACAAGUACUUCGGCCGCCGGGGCACGAUCUUCAUCUCCGCGUUUAUCUCGUUCAUUACCUGCAUCUGGCAAGGCCUUACGAACACCUGGUGGCACCUCUUCAUCGCCCGUUUCAUCCUCGGUUUCGGUAUCGGCCCCAAGUCGAGCACUGUCCCCGUAUACGCGGCUGAGUGCGCGCCUCCCGCCAUUCGCGGAGCGCUGGUUAUGAUGUGGCAAAUGUGGACGGCCUUCGGAAUCAUGGUCGGAACUGUUAUGAGCUUGGCGUUCUUCCGUGUUCACGACACCGCUCACGUACACGGUCUUAACUGGCGUCUGAUGCUCGCAAGUGCCGGUAUCCCCGCGCUCAUCAUCAUGACCCAGGUCUACCUCUGCCCCGAGUCGCCGCGUUGGUUGAUCGGCAAGGGCCGCUACGACAAGGCCUUCGAGUCGCUGCUCCGCCUCCGCAAGAGCAAGCUCCAGGCUGCCCGUGACCUCUACUACAUCCAUGUCCUCCUCGAGGCCGAGCGCGAGAUCCAGACCGGUCGCUCGCUCUUCCUCGAGCUCUUCACCGUGCCGCGCAACCGCCGCGCGACGCUCGCGUCCACGAUCGUCAUGUUCAUGCAGCAGUUCUGCGGCAUCAACGUGAUCGCGUACUACUCCUCGAACAUCUUCGCGCAGGCGAACUUCACGCAGAUCCAGGCGCUCAUCGCCUCCUGGGGCUUCGGCAUGAUCAACUGGGUGUUCGCGUUCCCCGCGGUCUGGACGAUCGACACCUUCGGCCGCCGCAACCUGCUGCUCACGACGUUCCCGCUCAUGGCCGUCUUCCUGCUCCUCACCGGGUUCGCGUUCUACGUGCCCGAGGAGAACAACGCGCGCAUCGGCGUCGUCGCGCUCGGUAUCUACCUCUUCGCGAUGGCGUACUCCCCGGGCGAGGGCCCCGUGCCGUUCACGUACUCCGCCGAGGCGUUCCCGCUGUACAUCCGCGACGUCGGCAUGUCGUGGGCGACGUCCGUGCUCUGGUUCUUCAACUUCAUCGUCGCGAUCACGUUCCCGCGCCUGCUCGGGGCGUUCCAGCCACAGGGCGCGUUCGGGUGGUACGCGGGGUGGAACAUCAUCGGCUUCCUGCUCGUGCUGCUGUUCCUGCCGGAGACGAAGGCGCUGUCGCUCGAGGAGCUCGACCAGGUGUUCAGCGUGCCGACGCACGUGCACGCGUCGUACCAGCUCAAGGCGCUCCCGCACAACAUCAAGAAGUACUUCUUCCGCAUGAAGGUCGACCCGCUCCCGCCGCUGUACGAGCACGAGGCGAUCGAGGGCGAGAAGCACUACGCCCCGGGCGGCGCUGGCCACGCAUAGGCGUCGCCACGCUUUGUCCAGGCGUUUCUCUCCUUCUUGUUGUAGGAUCCCGGAGGUGUGGUGGUGGUUGGAGGUGGUGGGACGUGUCUACGUGCACCUGCUAAUCUAAUGAAUACCACGACUGUUACGCUUGUUCUGUACCAUUGUAUUCCUAGUGAUGUUUUCUGCUUAGCUCUACUUAUAAAAUGCAUCUCUUCUUGC